AUGACCCCAACCCUAGGCUUUGCCCAAGGGUCAAGUCAUUUUUCUUUAAAGAGAGAGAGAGAGAGAGAGAGAGAGAGAGAGAGAGAGAGAGAGAGAGAGAGAGAGAGAGAGAGGAAGGAAGAAGCUCACCAAGAGUCCUCGCCGGAGCCACCGCACGCCAGGACGUCAUCAAGCUCGUCAUCACCAUCAACCGCAGCUCGAGUGAAUCUCGUGCACCCAAGGCCAUCAUCGUGUUCCUCUCGUCAAGACGAAGCCGUAGACACCAACCGCGUCGCGAUCGGAGCCUGGACGAAGCCGUACGCGCCCCCCGAAGAUUCGCCUCUGCGCGCGCGUGAGUUCCACGCGCCGCCGUCGGACCACCGUCCUCCGCCGCAGCGCCGCCGCCGGACCACCGUUCUCCGCCGUCGCCGCCGGCCAACUUUCCGAUUUGGAGUCCAUUUGAGCAGCUGGAGUUCAUAUAUACCACUUCUCUUCAUUGCUAAGGUGAGACCGAUGAGCAGGAGUGAUUUUUCGGACCGGUGCUAUUGGGCUUUUGGGCUUCUAUCGUUUUAUCGAUUUUAUCGUUAUCGGGCCUCUAGGCCUUUGGACUUUUAUCGUUAUGGUAUUUCGUAUUUUGGAUUCUCGGUUUAUGUCGUACCUUAUGUUUCGGAUUUUAUUUUAUAUUAUGGAAUUCAUGCGUGGAUGUGGACUUUCAAAUAUUUAUAUAUGGAUAUUUAAGAUAUUUGUAUU